AUGCGGCGGGACGCCGUCCCCGCCGCGCCCGUGGCGGCCGGCGCCUCGCCACCGAUCGCUGCGGCCGUGCUCCCGACGGGCGCGGUGGUCAUCGACGUCGAGGGGGCGCCACCGCCGGCGGAGCCCCCUGGGGUGGGGUGCCGGAUCUGCCAACUCGGACCCGAGGACGGCGGCGGGUCGGCGGCGCCAGGGUCCGAGGUGAUCCGGCUCGGCUGUUGCUGCAAGGACGAGCUCGGCGCCGCGCACCGGCGAUGCGCCGAGGCGUGGUUUAGGAUCAAGGGCGAUAGGCGCUGCGAAAUAUGUGGUUCAGAUGCCAAAAAUAUUACCGGGUUGGAAGUGAAACAUUUCAUGGAGCAAUGGCAUGGCCGAAGAAUGGCAAACAUCCAAACUACAGAGGAGAGGGAAAGCCAUUGUUGGAGACAGCAGCCCUGCUGUAAUUUUUUGUUAGCAAGCUUACUGAUUGUUUUCAUGCUACCCUGGUUUCUCCGUGUAAAUUUGUUCUGAUUUUGCGGCCACUAUUGGGUCAUGUGGAUUCACAACUUGUCAACCUGGCUACCAUCCAAAGGAUGAUCGUGUAGAUAUUUGUAGGCAGAA